UAUGAGCUUUAUCUUUACCUGGACUUGUGUGACUAAGAGGUGGAGAAGUUGAGUUGUUAAAGGGUUAUUUAGACUUUUUUUUUUGGACUCUUUAUGGAUCAGUAGAUGACCACUUUCCUUUUAUGCGGUUAAUUUAAGAAGAAAAGAGACUUUUGUUUUUCUAUCAUGCCGAUGAAACGCAGCAGUGAGAGUUCAGCCAGAGGCGACAUGUUCCUUAUUCACUCUUUUACGAAGACUUUGUGCAGCUCAUCAGAGACGACAAGCUCAGACUUUAACGGACAAACGGCUUUUCAUCAGGAAGAUGAUUCUGGGAUUAAAUCAGAAGACAGCAAUGAGACGCCGUCGUCUGAAGAUGAGCACGAUCUGCUGGAGCUGAACUCGGAGCUGACGUUGAAACAGAGCCUGAGCUCCUCCAGGAAGACCAUCAGCCAGAUCAUCAAGGACAAGAAGAAGCAGACGCAGCUAACGCUUCAGUGGCUUGAGGAGAACUACAUCGUGUGUGAAGGAGUGUGUCUGCCUCGUUGUAUCCUUUACGCUCAUUAUCUGGACUUCUGCAGGAAAGAGAAACUGGAUCCGGCCUGUGCUGCUACCUUUGGAAAGACGAUCCGGCAGAAGUUUCCUCUUCUGACAACGAGGAGACUCGGCACCAGAGGACACUCCAAAUAUCAUUACUACGGAAUUGGGAUCAAAGAGAGCAGCGCUUAUUACCACUCUGUGUAUUCGGGUAAAGGUUUAACCAGAUUUUCAGGGAGCAAGCUCAAGAAUGAGGGUGGCUUCACCAGGAAAUACUCUUUGAGCUCUAAAACCGGAACGCUGCUUCCAGACUUCCCCAACGCCCAGCAUCUUGUGCUGCAGGGAAACAUCUCCAGGGAGAAGGUUGACACCCUGAUCAUGAUGUAUAAAACACACUGUCAGUGCAUCCUGGAUAACGCCAUCAACGUCAACUUCGAAGAGAUCCAGAAUUUUCUGCUCCACUUCUGGCAGGGAAUGCCUGACCAUCUGCUGCCGCUGCUAGAAAACCCGAUCAUAGUCGACAUCUUCUGUGUCUGUGACUCUAUUCUCUACAAGGUUUUAACGGACGUUUUAAUUCCUGCCACGAUGCAGGAGAUGCCCGAGAGUCUGUUGGCAGAUAUCAGAAACUUUGCCAAACACUGGGAACACUGGCUGGCCUCGUCUCUGGAGAACCUCCCAGAAUGCCUUGCAGCUAAGAAGCUCCCCAUAGCGCGGCGCUUUGUUUCCUCCCUGAAGAGACAGACGUCCUUCCUGCACCUGGCGCAGAUCGCCCGGCCGGCCCUCUUUGACCAGGCGGUGGUGACCAGCAUGGUUCUGGACAUCGACAGCGUGGAUCUCAGCAGCAUCAACUCGCAGCCUCUGCUCAGCGUGUCGGCAGCUGGAGACCAGGACUCAGAUAUUUACUCUGAAUAUGAUUCGAUCAGCGUCUUUCAGGAACUGAAGGAGCUGCUGAGAAAAAACGCCACAGUUGAAUCGUUCAUCGAGUGGCUGGACUCUGUGGUUGAGCACAAAGUCAUCAAGCCUGGUAAGCAGUGCGGUCGGUCCGUGAAGAAGCGAGCUCAGGACUUCCUCCUCAGGUGGAGCUUCUUUGGAGCACGGGUCAUGCACAACCUCACGCUCAACAACGCCUCCAGCUUUGGUUCCUUCCAUCUGAUACGGAUGCUGUUGGACGAAUACAUCCUGCUGGCUCUGGAGACUCAGUUCAACAAUGACAAGGAGCAGGACCUGCAGAACCUUCUGGAAAAAUACAUGAAAAAUGCAGAUGCCAGUAAAGCAGCGUUCAUGGCGUCCCCCAGUUCCUGCUUUCUGGCCAACCGCAACAAGGCCUCCGCGUCCGUCGACCAAUCGGUGAAGAACGGGUCUUUGGGAGAACACGCCUACAUGCCUCUGUCCACCAAUCAGCAGCAGGAUGUAGAAACGAAAACUGUCCUCUAUCAGGGAAAUGAGAGCUCUGGGUUCACCUCUUCAGGUGGUCAGAUGGACUUCUCUCAGGUCAGCGGCCCACUCAUGACGCCACCCAUCUCUCCAGCCGCAUUAGUGCACAGGGGCUCCGUCAUCAACCAGGGGCCCAUGGCAGGGGGUCCCCUGACACCCUCUUCCUCAUCAUGCUCCUUCUCCUCAUCCUCCUGCCUCUCCUCUCUCGGUGAAAUGAUGCAGCCCAGCCCCUGCAACUCAUACCCGGAGACCCUGUACCACUGCUUACCUCAGUCCAGCGGGUAUUUCGCCCCCGCCAGCAGCGGCUCCUCGGCUCCAAACUACCAAACAGCUCUCAGGUCUCAGGCCCAGAAUCCCUGUCUGACGGCGGUUCAGACUCACAACCCGCCUCUGGGCUGUCACCUGCCCCGGUACCCGUCCCUCAACGAUCAGCCCCUGAACAAGGACGGCUUUUACCCCGCUUCAGUCCAUCACUCCUCUGGCAGCUCCGACUGCUCCCUGACGGCUUACGGCUCUGUAGUCCGGCCGCCUUCCAGAUACACUCCGGGCCCAGAGCCGGUUCAGACGGAGCAGGCGUUGGAUCCGCAGGCAGCGGCUCAGAUCCUGGACGCUUCGGAAGGUUUUGGCUUCAUGGGGGCCGGACUGAACCUCGCUGGCGGUGGUGGUUGUCAGGGACAGACGUACGGUGUCUUGGGGCAUAGCGGUUUUUACGGCAACAGCAGCUUCUUGGCCGGCCAGCGCGUGAAUCCUUUGGUUGAUCAGCACGUGUCCGUCAUCAGCAGCGUGGGGAGCCUUCGCCCUUUCACGUCAACCUUCUCUGAAGUCCACGAUCCGCUGAACAUCCUGGGCGAACCGGGAAGGAAAACCGCAGGGAGCUUCUUCAGCGAGGCGGAAUCUGCAACAGGUCAUUCCCUGCCCUCCUCUGGAUCCGCCACCUGCAUGUUCGGACUCCCCUCGCCGUUCAGCUCACAGGACGCCAUGAUGUCUCAGCAGCGUGGGGCGGCGUCCUCAGAGGUACAGGACCUGGUUUCCUCGCUGCCGCCCAUCAACACCGUGUUCAUGGGCACGGGGGGAGCGCAGUGACUUCUAUAGGAGCAAUCUGUGCAGCAAGUCUGGGGUGAAAACGAGCAGAAAAUGAUGACAAACCAGUAGAGGAACGAUUUCUUAAGGUCUGCCAGAGCCCUGUGAGGUUCAUAUUGCCUAAUAAACAUUUAGGUUUUGAAAAUUUGAACUGACAUUAAAAGGAAAUGUGACUGCAAAUGGACCUGUCUGGAAACAAUAACUCCAUCUCUUUCUUUCUUUUUGUGUAUAAAUAAAAAAAGACUGAUGACCGAACGCACAACAUGCAAAUAACUCCCCAACAUUAUGUUUUUCGCUGCUUAUUUAGUUUAAUUUUGAUUCAGAUUAAUCUCUCUGCGGCUUUUCCAGACAACAACGCUUCGCUGGUUUGCUGAUGAAAGCAGCUUAUUUCAUCCUCUGAACUUGUGUGUGCAAAACAGAACAAAAGGGGAAAUACGUACAUUUUAUUGAAAUAUGCUUUUAGAAGAUUUCUCUUUUAGUUCUUCUUGUGAAGUGUUUCUAAAAUAACCAGUUCAGGAAUGAAAUGUUAAGCAUUUUUGAGUGGUUUUGGGGUUGUAUUGCUGAACUUGCAGGAGCUGAAUUUGAAACUGCUCUUGUUGAAUAAAACAUCCACCCAGAGAAGCAACGUCAGGUUUUAAGUGUUGUGGAAAUCAUCGUUUCGGCCGGUUUCACACCUUUCCAACUCUGCUUGGAGUCUGCACAGGAUGCUUGGAUUUGAGAUGCUGCACCUGCAUGUUGACUGAUUUUCAAACUAAAUUAAACCAUUUUAUUGUA